CGUUUUCAUGGCGUCGUAUCGACGAAUGUCGCUUUUGAGCUCGUCUGAGAGUGGGAGAAGGUGCCAUUUUGUAUUCGUCGCCCACAUUGAGAGCAUUUGUUGAGAUUGUUGGUGCAGUUCGCAAAAAAAAUUGGCAAUUACUGUUUAUAUAUCGUUAGAUUGAAGCAUGUCGCGUUACCGCGAGUGGGAGCUCUCCUGCAAGGUCUAUGUGGGCGAUUUGGGGAGUAGUGCCAGUAAACAUGAAAUUGAGAAUGUGUUCAGUAAAUAUGGGCCUCUGAGGAAUGUCUGGGUAGCUAGAAAUCCACCGGGAUUUGCAUUUGUUGAGUUUGAAGACCCCAGAGAUGCCGAGGACGCCGUCAGAGGACUGCACGGAACACGUUGCUGUGGAACCCGUGUGAGAGUCGAGAUGUCGUCAGGUCGCAGUCGUCGAGGUGGUGGACGCCGUGGUGGUCCUAGGUACUCCAGAUCCCGAUCCCGCAGCCCACGAAGAAAAUCAAUCGGUCGAUAUCCCAGAUCCUUAUCAAAAAGCCCGAAGAGGUCUCCGGUGAAUCGCUACUCCAGGUCACGUUCCCGUAGCCCACGCAGGAGGUCCCUGACCCGCAGCCGGAGCCGAGAUCGUCGCUCACGCUCUGACUCACGGGACAGACGGUACAGAUAUUUUAAGUGCUACACCUUAGCGAUUAAUAUUUGUAAGAGUAAGUGUGAAUAUACCCGGGGAAUUCCGCUCCAUUUGAACGAUGCUGUAAUUCUUAUUUUAUACUGUAAUAAUCAUCUGGAGAAUUUAAAUAAAUUCAGGUGGGGGGUGACAUCACGACAUCUGAAUUUUCACUGCGCAGUUGCCACCUUUAAUAAUCCUACUAUGGAGUGGGGGAAAAGGGAACAGAAGGUGUUUAUUGUUGUUUCAAAGAGUUCACUCCGAUUUUUGGUUGAAUGGAUGAUCACUCGGGGGAAAACGACGUUCGUUAAAUUAGUGACUAGCGUGGACAACAAAGGAGUGAACAUUUUCCACAUUUUGUUUUCAUUCUUGAACGAACAGUCACAACAAAGGAUCACAAUGUCACGCUAUCGUGAAUGGGAUUUGUCCUGCAAAGUCUACGUCGGUAAUCUUGGAAGUAGUGCAAGUAAACACGAGAUUGAAAAUGCAUUCAGUCAGUACGGACCAUUGAGGAACGUUUGGGUAGCCAGAAAUCCCCCAGGGUUUGCAUUCGUUGAAUUUGAGGAUCCAAGAGAUGCUGAGGACGCUGUUAGAGGACUCCAUGGAAAACGAUGCUGUGGUACACGAGUGAGAGUAGAAAUGUCGUCAGGUCGUAGUCGUCGCGGUGGUGGUGGACGUCGUCCCGGUCCCAGAUACUCAAGGUCUCGUUCACGCAGUCCACGCAGAAGAUCUCUGACUCGCAGCCGCAGCCGAGACCGUCGCUCUCGCUCAGACUCACGUGAUAGACGGUACAGAUAAUUAAAAAAAAAAGUUCACAAAAAAAAUGCCCUCGAACUUUGCAAUGUCGAAGUGACGAUCAAUCGACCGAUUCAAUUAACCCUGUAUUUCUUGAAAAUUAAUUGCAGUUAACUGACGACAAAGAAGAUCUCGAUGAAUUCUAGGAGGAGUUUAACAUCUGAUUGAUAUUGUUUUAUUUGUACAUAAAAUGCUGUCACAGUGGUUAGAGAUUAAUGAGAUUGAACGAACGAAAUUUAUUGAAUUCAAGGAGAUAUUGUGAAAAUGAAGGUUCGGAACUAGCUUUUGUUAUUGACACGUGAUAAAAUUUUGUGAAUUAGUCGUUAGACUCGUGUGACUUUAAUCGUGCAUCACUUGACUUCAGUUAAAAGCCUUUUUUUUGUCGUAUUGAGAUCGAAGAAAUUCGAUAGCAGAUGGGAAAUAAUUUUUCACAGGGAAUUGUAAUGUCUGCACCAAUGAAAGAUUCAUCGAUCAUUUUUAUUUACCCGAUCAACCAAUCGGUGGUUACUUUUGGUUGAUUUUUGUGGAGAAUUCAGGAGGCUAAUCAUGUUCAAUUACAUGAAACAAUAUUGUUUUACGUUCUAUUAAUUAUUUUGUACUUUUUAUCGAUUUAAGAUUGGAAAUAAAUCUGUAACACAUA